AUGCGCCGUGUGACGGAACCGGACAGCCUCCGGCGCCGCCCCCGGGGCCCAGCGGGAGGCCCGGGCCCGUUCCCGGCUUCGCCGUUCUCUCUCACCUGGUUCCUUCCCGUGUCUCGGCAGGAGCAGGCGCAGGGAACCAUGCUCAAAGUCCUCACCUCUUUCAAAAGCAGCGAAAUAGAGCAGGCCGUCAGCUCCUUAGACAGGAACGGCGUCGACUUGUUAAUGAAAUACAUUUAUAAAGGAUUUGAGAAGCCGACAGAAAACAGCAGCGCGAUAUUGCUCCAGUGGCACGAAAAGGCGUUGGCCGUCGGGGGCCUCGGCUCCAUCGUCAGAGUUCUGACAGCGAGAAAGACUGUUUAAAAGACUAUUUACUUGAACCAAGACAACGACCAGGUUUGGACUCAGAAGAGGGAAUUAGCUGAAACGACACUGGUCCAUCUCCAUUAGAGAUCACAAUCUACUGACAUACUAUGGAAACUCCUCUUGGAAUGCUUUUAACCUUAGAGGUGGGGGAAGAGUAAAGGUGUUCCUGCAUAUUCUGACUAUCACACCGGGAGCUCAGACGUUCUCCUGCUCCCUCUUUGAAAGGCAGAGAGAAGGCAACUCCUGCCACUAUUACUGUAAGAGAACAGGUAUUUUCAGAUGCUGCUUUACUGACGCGUGGUGAUGAGAGACCCCGUGUGCUGCUGGUUGGAGGGGGAGCUGUGUCCUGGGCAGAUCCUGACGGCUUCGGGCAGGAGGAGCGAUUAUUAGAAAGAUGGUUCUGUACAACUGGCCAAAGGACUAAUGGGACUGUGGGGUUGGUUUCAUUGUGAAGUGCCUGCUGCAUCAAUAAAGUUCUUGGAUCACGAGAGUGAA